AAGCUUAGAAGUCCCAUUUCCAUCAUUUUCUUCAGAAAAAACAGAUAAACAAAAUGUCUUGCUGCGGUGGAAACUGUGGUUGUGGCUCCAGCUGCAAGUGCGGCAGCGGCUGCAACGGGUGCAAUAUGUACCCUGGUUUGGCUGAGGAGAAGCUCAGUACUGCUGAAACCAUGAUCCUUGGCUUUGCACCUGUCAAAGGAGGGAUGGAGGGAUUUGAGAUGGCUGGGGGAUCUGAGAAUGGGUGCAAGUGUGGGUCGAACUGCACCUGUGACCCAUGCACCUGCAAAUGAACUGAAGUGGGUUAGAGUGAAGGAGGAGGUGGAGGAGGGAUGUGUUUUCUUGCUAUUAUAGCUGUGUGGUGUGCUAUAUGCUUGUGAAGAAUAAGAAGCUUAAAUGGUUCCAUGAAUUAAUUUCAUGGUCUGUUUGUUUGAUGUUGGCAGUUUGCGUUUACUGUUGGCAGUUUGCGUUUCCUGUGCUUUUAUUUUCAGUGUAUGCUUCUGACUGUUAUGCAAAGGAAUUGGUGCUUUUAAAGUUUA